AUGGGUCCGGCGUGGCCGCCUCGCCGCUGGCAGCGCCCGCGGGCCCGCCCGGGGCCGGGGCUGCUCCUGCUGCUCGUCCGGCUGGCGCUUCCCGGGGCGGCCGCGGGCAGCGGGGAGGCGCCACCAGCAGGUAAAAACUGCAGCUUAUUGCAGGAGAUGGAUGUCAUCCAGAAGCAGGAUGAAAACUGUUACUGUUAUGUGCAAAACAGAACCAUUCACUUACAGUACCUGUGGUCGACUAUCCAGAUAAAAGUUAACAGCAGAGAAAAGUUCCGGUUUGAGCCUAUUUCAGAAAAAAACAACUGUCGGAAUUCAGAAACUGUUUCUGAGUUUGUUGCAUGUGCUGUUCAAAUCUUCUGGAAGCCGGAGACAUGUACAGAAACUCUUCUGAGCAUAAAACAAUAUGGAGAGGAUGUUUGUUUCAAAAUACAGCCCUUUAAAAUUGAACCCUACAUUGUGCGGGUGAAAAGAGAAAUGCUAGAUGGAAAGCUCUUGUUUUUGUUUGUAGCUGGAAUUUUUCUGUUCCAUUUUGCAAACAGCCUGAGCAGGAGUGCCAAGUUCUUUUACCUUUCUGGAAUAAUACUGGGUGUUCUUGCUCUGCUAGUCUUUGUCCUGUUGACACUUAAAAGGUUUAUUCCAAGGCACAGUACCUUCUGGAUUUUAAUGAGUGGCUCCUGGAUGGUCUCUCUCUAUUUUAUUUACUGUUUCAAAGAGAAUAUACAGUGGUGGUGGUCUGAACACAAAAACUACCUGUUGGGGUAUUUUCUGGCUGUUGGGAUUACCAGCUUUGCCAUUUGCUAUCAGCACGGGCCACUGACCACAGAGCUCAGCAUAACCUUGUUCACAUGGACGCUCCAAUUAACAGCCUUUGUCCUGAUCUACUUUGGUGUCACCAUCCCUCAAGUUGCUUAUGCAGUCAUAGCAGUCAGCCUCUGCUCCAAAGGCCUGUGUUACCCCCUCGGUGCUGCCUGUCACAUUGCCAGAAAAAUGAAGCAUCACUUUAAAUCAAAAAAAUUGGUGUUUAAAUACCUUACUGAAGAGGAAUAUCGAGAACAAGGUGAGAGUGAAACUAUCAGAGCUCUGGAGGAGCUGCGCUCAUUCUGCAGGAGCCCUGACUUCCCAUCAUGGAUAGCUGUAUCCAAACUCCAGGCUCCACACAGGUUUGCAGCUUUUGUUCUGGGAUCUCCCCACAUCUCACCUGCAGAAACAAAGGCGCAUGAUGAGCAGUAUGGCAUUGGGAGCUUUUUCCUGGAAGAGCAGCUGUUUGAGACAAGGGCACAGUCUGAGCAAGAUGAGCCAGCCAAUUCUGUCCAUGAAGAAGAUGAGGAGAAUGAAAAUGAAAUGCAUACACAAAUUCCAUUUCCAUAUGCUACUGAGCUGCUCUGA